AGUUUCUGUCGUCCUCAGAAACGAAACUCGCAAGGUCUGCAAAUACCUGCAAGUCUGAUUUAAAGCAAACACACAAAUUCUCAUUAGUUGAGACUACGGCUAAUUGAAUCAAGAAGUGAACACAGAGUGCAUUCAGCGUGCACGCGUGCAACAAAAGAGUUUCUUUAAUUGCCCACAGGAUUGUAAAACUGACUCGGCAGUAACUAGCACAGAUUUAAUUAAAAGCUUAAAUACAGACUUACUUUCCUUCUCUUUUGCAGUCGUCCACAUUGAUUCGCUACCUGUGUUAUGCUCUUGAGCUAAGGUUUUCAUAGUCUCAUUCCCAUUAAGCAAAUACAUACCACAGCACCAGGAGCGACAGUUGGCUGCUGCUGCUUUAUUUUAGCAGAGUCUCGUCUCAAGCCAGUGUCGCACGACUUGAACACCACUCUCACCAUCGUCAACAAUAUAUUCAACCUCAACUCUCUCAAAUUAAACUCAUCAAAAUUGUCAUCUUUUUUGAAAAGCAUUUUCCUUUUCUUGAUUGGUGUCGUCCAUCAUAAACAGACUUUUUACCGGCAAAUUACUCUCGUGUUGAUAAAAAUAUACAAAAACAUUGGUUUAUUAUUAAAAUUUAAAAAAGUGCACAAAGUGUGAAGAAGUUACACGUAAUAAUCGUUGAACAAAAAAUCCAACCGCUGACCUGAUAACUCAUCAAAAUGAGUGACGAAACUGAAUUGGCUGAGGACUCGCCCAAUGAAGAAGACAUUCCUGAAAAGACUAAAGAAGAAGCAGGAAUGGGCACUAAAAUUGGAUUCGUUUUUUCCCUCAUCGUCACCAGUGUUCUCCUCAUAGCAUCCCUCGUUUUAGUGCUGUUCUGGAUAUUUAUGUAUAGAGGAAGCUAUGCAUGGCAGGAAAACCCUCGCAUUGAGUUCAACUGGCAUCCUACUCUCAUGAUUGGCGGAUUCAUCUUCUGCUCUGGAUUCUCAAUGCUGUUCUACCGAAUGAUGACUUGUUGCAGGAAAAUCUAUGUCAAGCUUCUUCACACUGUAUUCCAUGCAUUGUCAAUUGCUUGCAUUGCUAUUGGAUUUCUGACCGUUUGGGAUGCUCAUGAGUUGGUGACUCCAAAGAUCCCCCAUUUCUACUCUCUUCACUCAUGGCUGGGACUUACAACAAUGGGGCUCUUCGCUAUACAGUUCGUCAUUGGAUUCUUCAGUUUCUUGAUUCUGCUGUGUUGUGAGGGGGCAACGGCAGCUUGCAGAGCAUCCUUGGUACCAACUCAUGCCACCUUUGGAAUCAUCACCUUUGUUAUGGCUUGCGCCACGGCUUGUGCUGGGUUGACCGAAAAAGCCAUCUUUGAACUCGGGGCAUCUUCGUAUUCACAUUGGAGUUCUCCCGAAUCUAUCAUUGUCAAUGUCUUGGGCAUCACAAUUGCUGCCUCGGCCAUAUCUUUGGUCUUUACAUUGAGCGUUCCAUCCAUUAGAAAGAUGCCGAUGAGAAUGACCUAUCACACUGACCUCUAAACCCUCCAGAAUUCAGAAUCAAAUCAACAUCAUCGUCCUCUAUACAUACCUGCCAUUCUCACCAACACUGUUUUUUCGAGAUUAUUAUUCUUUGUACAUACUCAGUUUCACUCUAAUCGAAAUUAGAUAUUUUAUUCUGAGUUUCUUAGUUAAGUUUUGUAUGGUUGCGUUAUAUUUUCAAAACUACUUUCAAAACACCAUAACGGUACACAACUUUACAAAUAGAGAAUAUUUAGUUGAGCAUUAAUGAAUUACACAUAACGUUUAUUAUUACAAAUAAAUGGUUGACGUGAUUUUUCAUGUCCAAGGAAUGCAAGUUUACAUGCAUUUACGUACGAAUCAAAACAAAAUAAGUAAAUCACAUGAUUUAAUUUAAGGGUGUUUUAGUUCUAUUAUUUCGUAUUUUAAUUUUUAAUAUUUAAUAAAAAAACUCCUAUAAACUA